UUGGGUUAAGAGAAAAGCGCAAUCUCUUCUUCUCUAGGGUUUGCGAAAUUGCUUUCUCUUCAAUCGAAACCCUAAUCAUUGAUCACCAGGAUUAUUAGAUCGGACCAGAAAGAAAGAAUGUCUCGGUGUUAUCCUUAUCAUGGACCUCCGAAUGCGAACAAAGGAGAGGCCUUGGACGAGUUGAUUAAGCUUCGAAAAGAUAAAGAUGAAACAAAGUUGAAGAGGAUAAAGUUGAGGAAAGAAUGCUCAAGAAGUACUGAGACAGAAAAAUGUGAUAAAACAGUGAAAAAGAAUGAUUUUCAAGAGAAGAAGAAGAAGAAGAGAAAAAAUGACUUUAACGGUGGGCACCUUUCUAAGGCAGUUGUAGAGGAAUCUGAUCAAGUUGACUCGAGUGAUUUAACUCAAGAAGACGAGCAACCCACCAUAAGCAACAACAAGAAGAGGAGAUUGCAUGAGGUGGAGCCCUUGUCUAACGAUGGUGACAAGGAAAGAAGAAAGAUUCGUAUCCGGAUACCCAAUAUUGGAUUCGGGAAACAUAGCUUUAAACCCUGCCGGGAAUUGCCAUUGGCUAUACCAGAGAGCAGAAAUGAAACGAAGAGGUGUGGACUCGCUCUUAAGCAAUGCCAAGAGUUGCCAUUAGCUACACAAGUGAGCAGCAAGGAAAGUAAGAGGCACGAAGCUCAGAAACUCUUCCCUAAACAAGGUCGAGAGUUGCCUUUGGCUAUGCAAGAGAGCAAUAAAUUUGAGAGUAAUGAACCUCGGAAACUCUGCCUUAAACUAUCUCCAGAGUUGCUUAAACAACGCCAGGAAUUGCCAUUAGCUCCACAAGUGAGCAGCAAGGAAAGUAAGAGGCACGAAGCUCAGAAACUCUUCCUUAAUCAAGCUCGAGAAUUGCCUUUGGCUAUGCAAGAGAGCAAUAAAUUCGAGAGUAAUGAAGCUCGGAAACUCUGCCUUAAACUAUCUCCAGAGUUGCUUAAACAACGCCAGGAAUUGCCAUUAGCUCCACAAGUGAGCAGCAGGGAAAUUAAGAGGGACGAAGCUCGGAAACUUCCACUUAAAACAUCUCGUGGGUUACCUUUGGCUGUACAAGAGAGCAAUAAAUCCAAGAGAAAUGAAGCACAGAAACUUUUCCUUAAACCAUCUCGAGAGUUGCCAUUAGCUCCACAAGCGAGCAGCAGGGAAAUCAAGACGGGUGAAGCUCAGAAACUCUGCCUUAAAACAUCUCGAGAGUUGCCUUUGGCUAUUCAAGAGAGCAAUAAAUCCAAGAGGAAUGAAGCUCAGAAACUGUGCCUUAAACCGUCUCAAGAGUUGCUUAAACAACACCAAGAGUUGCCAUUAGCUCCACAUGCAAACAACAGGGAAAGCAAGAGGUGCGAAGCUCAGAAACUCUGCUUUAAACCAGCUCGAGAGUUGCCCUUGGCCAUACAAAAGAGCAACAAAUCCAAGAGUGAUGAAGCCCAGAAACUCUGCCUUAAACCAGCCCAAGAGUUGUCCUUGGCUGUACAAGAGAGCAAUAAAUCCAAGAGUGAUGAAGCUCAGAAACUGUGCCUUAAACAGUCUCAAGAGUUGCUUAAACAGCGCCAAGGGUUGCCAUUAGCUCCACAUGCAAGCAACAAGGAAAGCAAGAGGUGCGAAGCUCAGAAACUCUGCCUUAAACCAGUUCGAGAGUUGCCUUUGGCUAUACAAGAGAACAAUAAAUCCAAGAGCAAUGAAGCUCAGAAACUCGAUCUUGAACAGCAAGAGAGAAGAGAAUCCAAAAGGGUCUCGAAAACCAGUUUAUGUGUUGAUGAUGAUAGUAUUCAACGCCCGGACUAUUUGUAUAGAAAAUUGAUAGAGCAUUGGGUUCUUCCAAAGAUUGACAGAGAACAUAAUGAUUUUGAGGACGAGUGGCUUAUUGGGCCAAAGCAAGAAAACAGGCAAGAGUCCAGAAUACAUGAAGUAGCAAAUGUUGUGUCAUGUUCUAUGAGCUCCAGUUUGUGGCCAAAAGCUCACUACUUACCUGAAGCUGAUAUGUUUGCCCUGCCUUACACCGUGCCCUUUUAAUUUUUGAUGGUUACCUUUAUAUUUUUUUAAUUUUUUAUUUGGUUCAUUGUCUUGACCAAAGAACAAAGAACGAUACUGAAAUUUUUUCACAUGACAAGAAGUUAUUAUACGCAGUGCAAUUUUGUAAAA